CGGUGCUCUGCCCGCCGCCAUGUCGGUGGCUGCGGCUUGCCAUGCCGGCGGUAUGGUGCCGGUGCUGCCCGGGCUCUACGUGGGGGGAGCGGAGUCGUGCUCGUCCCUGGAGUCUCUGGCGGCGGCGGGGGUGGUGGCGGUGCUGACGGUAGACGCGGAGGAGCCGGCGGAUGUACCGGGGGUGCGGGCCGUGCACGUCCGGGUGAGGGACGAGCCCGGCGCCGACCUCCUGAGCCACCUGGACGAGUGCGCCGCCUUCAUCGGCGCGGCGCGGGCGGGCGGCGGAGCUGCUCUAGUCCGCUGCCAUGCCGGGGUGAGCCGCAGCGUGGCCGUGGUGACCGCCUACCUCAUGAAGACGGAGGGACUCGGCUGGGAGGAGGCCUACGCCGCCGUCAGGGCCGCCAAACCCGACGCCGAGGUGAACCCGGGUUUCCAGGGGCAGCUGAAACUCUACGAGGCCAUGGGCUGCGCCGUGGACAGCAGCAGCCCCCUCUACAAGCGGUACCGGCUGGAGAUGCUGAGGGAGAGGUACCCCGAACUUCAAGACUUGCCCCGAGAAGUCUUUGCGGUUGAUCCAACCAGUGUAUGUCAAAAUCCAAACGCAGAGGUUCUCUACAGGUGCAGGAAAUGCAGGCGCGCUCUGUUCCGUGCUUCCAGCAUUUUGUCCCACACGGAAGGAAGCGGAGCAACAGCCUUUGCCCACAAGAGGAUGACGGACACCGCGCAGCUUCGUGGUGAUGGCCGUGAAAAGUGCACCUCUUACUUCACUGAGCCCGUGCAGUGGAUGGAGCCAGCAUUGCUCGGAGUGAUGGAAGGACAGCUUCUGUGUCCCAAAUGCACAUCGAAGCUGGGCUCCUUCAGCUGGUGGGGUGAGCAGUGUUCCUGUGGCCGCUGGGUGACACCUGCCUUCCAGAUCCACAAAAGUCGAGUGGAUGAAGUGAGGACACUGCCAGUUGGUAACUUUCAAGCUGCCAAAACUUGAACUUGUCCCUUCCCUCCAUGGACUUCUUAACUUCCACAGAGAACUGCUGGCUAGUCUGUGGUUGCCAGAACCGAGUUUGUGAUUUCCACCCCUUUGUAAUGAGGUGGAACUGCUUGAACAUCUGCUCUAUUUGAGCUUUCUGUAUCUCUAAUUUAUAUAAAAUAGCAAACAAUUCCUUCAAA